AUGGGUGAUCGUGAAGCUGAUGUCCCAGCCCCAAUUACUCGAGCGGAUCUGGACGCUCAAAACCAACGGAUCGACAACCUAACCACCCAAUUUGGGGAGAUGCGAGAAUUGUUGUUGCAAGCUCUUGGUGGGAACCAUAGGCGAGGAGGCAGGGAUGACGAAAGAAGAGAAGGCAGGGAUGAUAAUCAAAGAGAAGGUAGAGAUGGCGAGAGAAGAGAUAAUAGGAGGCAACUUAUUCCGGAUAGUGAGUCAGAGUCAGAAGAAGAACUUGAAGAACCACCACCACCGGCUAAUAAUCCUCGUAAUCGUAAUCGUAAUUACGAGAAUUUUGGCGACUAUCGGAUUAAAGCAGAAAUUCCUAACUUUUGGGGAAAUUUGAAGAUUGAAGACUUCUUGGAUUGGCUUGUAGAAGUGGAGAGGUUUUUCGAUAUUAUGGAGGUUCCUGAGCAUAAGAUGGUGAAGAUGGUAGCUUUCCGUCUUAAAGCUACAACGGCUGUUUGGUGGGAUCAAUUGCAAAAUUUACGGCAGAGGCAAGGAAAGCAGCGGGUUCGAACAUGGCGGAAGAUGAAGUCGCUUAUGAUGGAACGAUUCUUGCCCACAGAUUAUGAGCAGAUUCUCUACCGUAUAGCGAAACCAUUUAACCAGACUGACAACCAAAAGGUUGCGAGGCUGAAAUUGUUGGAGAAGGAGAAACGCCAACCCAACUUCCGCAGGAACACGACGGAAGCCUCUGAAUAUACUGCUGGUGCUUCUAGUGGCUCAGGAGAUAAGGGGAAAGCACAGCAGCAGAAUCUUGGAGGAUCGACAAAACCAGCAACAGUUGGCCAAAACAAAAAUUUCAACGAAGGUAGCAGCCGGAAUUACAACAGAGGGCAGCCCCGAAACCAGUCCCAGAAUCCGCCAACUUUAUCGAAGAAGCCGAUGAAGAUGAGGAAAACGAUGAAGUCGGGGAAAGAUGAUUAUGCAGGGGCUGAAUUUGCAGUUGAGGAAGGAAUGGAGAAGAUUACCUUGGUUUUGCAGAGAGUUCUUUUGGCACCAAAGGAGGAAGGGCAGCGUCAUAGUAUUUUUCGUUCCCUCUGCUCAAUCAAAAACAAGGUGUGUGAUGUGAUCGUCGACAAUGGAAGUUGCGAGAAUUUCGUGUCAAAGAAAUUGGUGGAGUAUUUGCAGCUAUCUACGGAGCCUCAUGUCAGCCCUUACUCACUAGGUUGGGUUAAAAAAGGCCCUUCGGUUCGUGUAGCUGAGACUUGCCGAGUGCCACUGUCAAUUGGGCGACCUUGGCAAUUUGAUGUGGAUGCAACUUUCAAGGGACGAGAUAAUCCCGCAAAGCAAUCUGUUGAGCCCAAGACGAGGAGUUCUAGUUUCCUAACCCUAAUUCGCAGCGAGCAGGAGUUGAACGAGGCUGUCAAAGAAGCGGAGUGUUUUUGUCCCUUGGUGUUGAAGGGGUUGUUGAAAAUUGGCGGAGGAGAAGGUGACAUUCCACAAGAUGUGCAGCAGAUUUUGAAUCAAUUUCAGGAACUACUUUCUGAAAAUCUGCCAAACGAGUUGCCUCCUAUGCGGGACAUACAGCACCGAAUUGACUUGGUGCCUGGAGCUAGCCUUCCGAAUCUGCCCCAUUAUCGGAUGAGCCCCAAGGAGAAUGACAUCCUGAGAGAACAGAUUGAAGAAUUACUGUGGAAAGGAUUUAUCUGGGAGAGUUUGAGUCCCUGCGCAGUUUCUGUUUUGCUGGUUCCAAAGAAAGACAAAACUUGGCGAAUGUGUGUUGAUAGCCGGGCAAUCAACAAGAUAACAGUCAAGUACAGGUUUCCCAUUCCACGGUUAGAAGAUAUGCUGGACGUUCUUGGCGGCUCAAGGGUGUUUUCCAAGAUAGAUUUGCGAAGCGGAUACCACCAGAUUCGCAUACGACCUGGAGACGAAUGGAAAACAGCGUUCAAGAGCAAGGACGGAUUAUUUGAAUGGUUGGUGAUGCCAUUCGGAUUGUCAAAUGCACCUAGCACUUUCAUGCGACUCAUGAAUCAGGUAGAUGACGAGAAGAUCAAGGCAAUCCUUGACUGGCCAGCUCCAAAGACAGUUUCUGAAGUUCGAAGCUUCCAUGGCUUGGCCACCUUUUACAGAAGAUUUGUGAAGCAUUUUAGCACCGUUGCUGCACCUAUCACAGAAUGUUUGAAGAAGGGCCGGUUCAGCUGGGGAGAGGAGCAAGAGAGAAGCUUUGCAGAAAUAAAAGAAAAGCUUUGCACCGCACCGGUUCUAGCUCUUCCAAACUUUGAGAAAGUUUUCGAAGUUGAAUGUGAUGCCAGCGGUGUGGGAGUCGGAGCUGUGCUCUCACAAGACAAGCGGCCAAUUGCGUUCUUUUCUGAAAAGUUGAGCGAUGCACGUCAAAAGUGGAGUACUUAUGACCAAGAGUUCUAUGCGGUUGUUCGAGCUUUGAAGCAAUGGGAGCACUAUCUUAUCCAGAAGGAAUUUGUUUUGUUUACAGAUCAUCAAGCGUUGAAGUAUAUUAACAGCCAGAAAAAUAUUGAUAAAAUGCAUGCUAGAUGGAUGACUUUUUUGCAGAAAUUUUCGUUCGUUAUCAAGCAUACUUCCGGCAAGACCAAUCGUGUGGCAGAUGCGCUGAGUAGGAGAGCUUCAUUAUUAGUCACGCUGACUCAAGAAGUUGUGGGGUUUGAAUGUCUGAAGGAAUUAUAUGCAGGUGACGAUGAUUUCCGGGAAAUUUGGAUUAAGUGCACUAAUCAAGAGCCAAUGGAAGAUUACUUUCUCAAUGAAGGUUAUUUGUUCAAAGGCAACCAGCUGUGUAUUCCAGUUUCUUCUUUAAGGGAGAAGCUCAUUCGGGACUUGCAUGGUGGAGGGUUGAGUGGCCACCUAGGCCGUGACAAAACAAUUGCAUUGAUGGAGGAGAGAUUUUACUGGCCACAGCUCAAACGUGAUGUUGGAACUAUUGUGCGCAAGUGCUACAUUUGUCAAACUUCGAAGGGGCAGGUACAAAACACUGGAUUAUAUAUGCCAUUACCAGUUCCUAACGAUAUUUGGCAGGAUCUUGCUAUGGAUUUUGUCCCCGGAUUGCCCCGAACACAAAGGGGAGUGGACUCUGUAUUUGUGGUGGUUGAUCGGUUCUCAAAAAUGGCGCAUUUCAUAGCCUGCAAAAAGACUGCCGAUGCAUCAAAUAUAGCCAAACUGUUUUUCAGGGAGGUUGUUCGCUUGCAUGGGGUUCCUACAUCCAUUACAUCUGAUCGUGACACCAAACUGAGGUUACAAACCGGACAUUGGGCAAUAUGGUGCGAAGCGUCUGUGGAGAGAAGCCGAAACAAUGGUGCAGUCCAUAGCGCUACUGGGAAGUCUCCAUUUUCCAUUGUUUAUACUGCUAUACCUAACCAUGUUGUAGAUUUGGUGAAACUGCCUAGAGGCCAGCAAACCAGUAUGGCAGCGAAAAAUUUGGCUGAGGAAGUGGUAGCCGUUCGAGAUGAGGUCAAGCAGAAACUUGAGCAAACAAAUGCUAAGUACAAAGCUGCUGCGGAUAGGCAUCGACGUGUUAAAGUGUUUCAAGAAGGCGAUUCUGUGGUGAUAUUUUUGAGGAAGGAGAGGUUUCCAGUUGGCACUUACAGCAAGCUUAAACCGAAGAAAUAUGGUCCUUACAAAGUGCUCAAACGGAUCAAUGAUAAUGCCUAUGUUAUUGAGUUACCGGAUUCCAUGGGAAUUUCCAAUAUUUUUAAUGUUGCAGAUUUAUAUGAGUUCCGUGAAAAUGAGGUUCUUUAUCCAGAUCAUAACUCGGGGUCGAGUUCUUCGGAGGUGGAGAGGACUGAUGUAGAACAGAUGGCAGAUUUUAUCGCGGUUGAGCAAAAAAGGGACGUGGUGGGAAUUUGCAGAAUUGUCGUCCGAGCUCCGAUUAGGGAGCAAAAUACCAUUUCGGAAAGGGAACGAUGCCACGAGUCAAACUCACAGCUUUUCUAUGACUUUCAGAGUUACGUAGUUAAGUCUCCGAAUUAA